AUGAGGAAAAAUUACUAUGGUGGAAACUGGGCCAGCUUUAGUUUUUCAGGAUUAUUGUCCUGGAUUAAAGAAAAUCAGCAAAAGGCUGAUAUCGGUGAUGAAUGUGAAGACUGGAAAAAACUGAUCCUUGAGAAUGAAGAAAUUAUUUCUCUUAGCAAGAAGGAUAACACUAUUCAACAUGUAGAAGAUUUCUGUUUUGGCGAUCAAGAUUCAGCUGAAGAUGUUGAAGAAGCUGGUGCGUUGCCAAAGCUGCCGGUCUUUGGAGCCGCUGGUGCUGAGGAGCAAGCUCAGGAAUCGGAAAAAGAGACCCCACCAAUGGACAGUGCCUUGCCGGAGGCAGGCCCUGAGGCAGCAAGUGUGACAAAAGGGAAUGAUACGGAAACAACCUCCGAGAAUGAAAGUUCUCACAGCACGACUGUAGGCGAGUCUACUCUGCAACUGGGAAAAACUGAAGCUGCACCCUCAGAAAUUCCAGCCCAGGAACCAAAGAAAAUUGCGUAUUCCCAAAUUGUUAGAGAAGGCAGAAGGUUUAAUAUUGAUUUAGUUUCCAAGUUGCUUUACUCCCGAGGUCUGUUAAUUGACCUUCUGAUCAAGUCGAAUGUUAGCAGAUACGCAGAGUUUAAAAAUGCAACACGAAUUCUUGCCUUCCGAGAAGGAAAAGUAGAACAGGUGCCUUGUUCUAGAGCAGAUGUGUUCAACAGCAGACAGCUCACUAUGGUGGAGAAGAGAAUGCUAAUGAAAUUUUUGACAUUUUGUUUGGACUAUGAACAGCACCCUGAUGAAUACCAAGGGUAUGAGGACACUACAUUUGCCCAGUUCUUAAGAACACAGAAGUUAACACCCAGCUUGCAGCACUUCGUUCUUCACUCUAUUGCAAUGGUUUCAGAGACUGAGAGCAGCACUCUUGAAGGUCUUCAGGCAACAAAGAAAUUUCUUCAGUGCCUUGGCCGCUAUGGCAAUACUCCAUUUUUGUUUCCUCUGUACGGUCAAGGAGAGAUUCCACAGUGCUUCUGCAGGUGAGCUUCACUUUUCUAG